GCUAAAAGGAGAAGCAGAACAUUGCCUCAAUUUAUGGAUCAGACACAUAUAGACAGUACGGUACAAGUUAAUCUUGGUUUUAUCUGUAAAAAAAAAAAUAUUUUUCAAGUAAUUAGAUAGGAUGUUUUCUUGUAGUCUAAUUUGGCCUUUCUGUUUUUGAGUAUCAACAGAGUUUUGUACCUUGAGUUAAAUCCUCUAUAUUCACGUUCAUGAAGGUGUUUCUUGAUUGUACACUUUGACAUGCCUGCCUUCUCAAAAAUGGUCCGGAAUUGGCUAGAUUUUGUAAAGCAAUUAGUUAAGUUAUCGUCUGUGGUUUCUCAGGCCUUUUGGAGUUGUUGUACUUAGAAAAUGCAUCUUUAUUGUCCUUAAUUUAUCAUGAAAUACCAAAGGCAAUGUUAUCAAACUGCUUAUCAGUCACGUCCAUUUACUUAGAGCCUGUAAAAAUGAGGAUUUAGAGAGAAAUGGCUGAAAUUCAUAAACAAUUAAUUUAACCUCUUUAAUUAAAAAGGAAAUAAUAUAAUCCAUUCAAAUUUAUCGUGAUGUACAGACACAAAAACAUCUUCCAAACAUCUUCCAGCCACUAUGUUGACUGAAAAUGACAGGAAUAUAUUACUCAUCAUAUUAUAUAUUAGAUUUGUGGUUAUGUGUGAAUCAUUUAACCCUUAAGAGAAAAUCACAUCCGUUGUUAUGUGUUUAAAGUCAUAUUACUUUACUUGUGUGCUGGAAAUCAUCUAUCCAUUCUUCCAUCCAUUUUCAGUAAAGCACUUUAUCCUGGUCAACAUCACAUGGAUCCAGAGCCUUUCAGAGGAAGGCUGUGAACAAUGCAGGACAAUUCAUACCUAGGGGCAAUUUUGCAUAGCCAAUCAGAUUGAAACCUGAACUGAUUACCCUAAAGCUGUAUUUAUCUAUUGCAGCUUGGACAUCUGAAUCUAGGUACAAGGUUUAUUUCACAUAGACCAACCUUGAAGUUAGUAAAGAGUUUUAUAAAGACAUAGAGACACACUGAAUUCACUUUUUUUUACAUUAGGUUUUUGUGUUCAAACACAAACUGAAAAUCCUGUGUAUUUGCAUUUGUAUGUGUAUUUUUUAGCAGUGAACUUCCUGUGAUUUAUCAGAUGUAUGAAGAGCAGCCUGUAUUUGUGAGGUUCCACAAAGACAAAGUGGAUAUCAUUGUGUUGCAUCUGUGCUGCAUCAGACAUACACUAGAUUCAAUCAGUUAAUGUCAUUUAUUAUCUAACUAAACUUUUCACUUUCUACAUGUUGGAGUUCCAACCAUGAUAACAACACAACCUUCAUCAUCAUUGUAUGACCCUAACUGUCCAGAUUUAGAUCAACCCUAACUACAUGACUGUGAUGAAUCUGGUCUCUUAUGAACAAUCAGCAUGCACACUACAAUAUGAAGUCAGAAGAGAUAGACAUAUUAAUUCAGCAUUCUGUAUUAUAAAUUUACUGCCAUUUGCAGACCUACAUAUAUACAGUAGCUACAGAUACAGAAAGUGUCAUAGUGUUACACCUUUAGUGUUCAGAGACAAACAGCAGGGAAGGUGGUGUGCAGGAAGCUCAGAUCUUUAAAAUAUGUGGAAAUAUUAAGCCAAAAGUAGCACCAGAAAACCUCUACAAUUCAGAAAAAGUCCUGAUCUCUCAAUAUGAAAAUUUUUGUUCCUUCAUUGUGAAUUCUAAUCACCAACGUCACACAGAUACAAAUAUGACUGUUUACACAUCUUCAUUACACUGACGUAAUUUACACAUAAUAUUUCACACACACUUCCUAUACAGCUCUUUCUAACACAAAUAGUAGAGGAAGUGGGAACAGCAUUAUUUCUAUUUAAGACAUAGGUGAAAACACGGCCCAUUCAGAACAGGCACAGACCAGGAGCUUUAAUAUCUUUCUAAAGUAGAGUUGGUGUGAGAGUGAACUCAGGAUGAAGAUCCUCCUCAUCUUCACCCUCUGUCUGAUCUCAGAUGGAGGAGCCUCAAGGGAAGUAACAGGAUAUUCAGGAGGAGGAAUCCUUAUCAAGUGCAAGUAUGGGAGAAAGGUCACACAAAAACCAAAAUAUUUCUGUAAGGGUUCAAUGUCAGUCUGUUCUGAACAAAUAAAGACAGGGGAAAAAAAACAGUGGGUAAAUUCAGGAAGAUUCUCACUAUUUGAUGACACCAAAUCAUUAGAGUUCAGGGUGAUGAUAAGAGAGCUCACUGUACAGGACACUGGGACAUACCACUGUGGAGUUUAUAUAACUCCAGGAAAUGAUAUUAAGACAUCGGUGCAACUGAAGGUAAAGGAAGAUCUGUCUUAUGGGGGGUCCAUCAGUAAGACUGCCCAUGCAGGAGAAGAUUUGACUGUCAGCUGUAAAUACCCACAGUCCCUCACCAGUCACCCUAAGUUUGUCUGCAGGAGGCUGCAAACUGCUGCUUGUUCUUAUAAUACAUCCGUUAAAGAAAGUACAAAAUAUGUAAAAACUGGGAAAAUAUCCCUGUAUGAUGACAGAGAAAAACAAAUCUUCGGUGUGAGUAUUAGAGAUGUAAUCGAGCAGGACUCUGGUGAGUACUGGUGUGGAGCUGAAGUACCUUGGAGAUCUGAUCAGGGAUACAAAGUUUAUUUCACACGGAUCGACCUGAUAGUCAGUGGUGAGUUUGUAGAAACAUUGAGAUACUCUAAAUUAAUGUUUUUGACAUUAAACAACUUUUUACUGCUUAACAUCCACGUGCCAAGCUUCAACUUCAAUACCUAUAUACCUUCAAUACCUCCAGCUUCUCCUCCAGCAGGAUUUCCAGCUUCCACUGUGAUCACUGUGUCUGUAAUUCUGCUGCUGCUUCUGAUUGGAAUCAUAAUCCUCAUUCUGACUCUACAAAACAGACACAAGAUGCAAGCAGGCACAACUUUCCAAAAUUCAGGAAAUGACCAAAGGGUAAUUGUCUUCAACUUGUGUGUGUGUGUGUGUUCAGUACCAAAACUUACUGUCUUUCAAAAAAGAAAACAUUUAUAUUUUUGUUUCUGUUCCUCUUUGCUCUCAGGUUCCUCCGGAUGUUCAUGAAUAUGAGGAGAUUAAAAUCACCAGACGACUUUCUGCCUCAAACGCUGAAAUGUCCACAGUUUACGUUACUGCUCAACUACCCACA